AUGCGGGGCAGCGGCGGCGGCGGGAACGGCAGCGAGGGCGAGCCGUGGCCGUGGCCGUGGCCACCCUGCGACGAGCGACUGUGCCUGGCGGUGCCCCUGUGGGUGCUCGUUCCCAUCACAGCCAUCUGCCUGGGGCUCUUCGUGCUCGGCGUGGCGGGCAACGUCCUCACGGUGCUGGUCAUCCGCAGCUACCGCGACAUGAAGACCACCACCAAUCUCUACCUGGGCAGCAUGGCCGUCUCAGACCUGCUCAUCCUCUUGGGGCUGCCCUUCGACCUCUACCGCCUCUGGCGCUCCCGGCCCUGGAUUUUCGGGCAGCUGCUGUGCCGCCUCUCCCACUACCUCAGUGAGGGCUGCACCUACUGCACCCUCCUCCACAUCACCGCCCUCACCGUGGAGCGCUACCUCGCCAUCUGCUUCCCCCUCAAGGCCAAGGUGGUCGUCACGAAGCGCCGGGUGAAGGCCGUCGUCGGCGUCCUCUGGGCCUUCGCCUUCCUCUCCGCCAGCCCCUUCUUCUUCCUGGUCGGCGUGGAGCAGCCCGAAAACCACACCGACUUCAGCCGCGAGUGCAGGCCCACCCCCCAGGCCUUGCAGUCCGGCCUGCUGGCCACCAUGUUCUGGGUCACCACCUCCUACUUCGUCCUGCCCGUCAUCUGCCUCAGCGUCCUCUACGGCUUCAUCGGCCGGGAGCUGUGGCGGAGCAACACCCGCCUGCGGGGGCCCGGCUCGGUCCUCCGGGAGAAGGGGCACCGCCAAACAGUCAAGAUCUUGGCUGUGGUGGUUCUGGCCUUUGUAAUUUGCUGGUUGCCUUUCCACAUUGGCAGGAUCAUAUUUAUAAACACCCGAGACAUGAGGACGAUGCUGUUCUCCCAAUACUUUAACAUAUUUGCUCUGCAGCUUUUCUACCUGAGUGCAUCCAUCAACCCUGUCCUCUACAACCUCAUGUCAAAGAAGUACAGGACAGCAGCCUACAAGCUGCUGUUGCCACGCCGAGCUGCAGAAAGGGCUUUCACAGUAACAAAAGAUGCUAGUGGCUACACAGAGACCAGCGCCAGCACAAGGAACGAGUACACCACCAGCUUCUGAGACUGCAGCCUGCACUUUUUUCCGGCAUUCUUGCCUAGGGAAGGAAACUUCCUUUUCACAGGAGAGUUGUAAAAGGAUGGACAUUUUGUUAGGGCUUGUGGUAUUUCAUAAUUGUUUCUAUUUUGGAAUAUACAGGUAUUUUGGAAUACCUGUAUUUUUGUUAACGGAGCAAGUGGGUGCCAUAAAGUAGGUGCAACUUGUUCAACUUGUGAAAGAUGAGGAACAGUAAAUUGCCAGUGAAACCGUGGUUUUACUUUAUACAUAUUGUUCAUUGCAUAUCCUCUGUGCAAUUUCUAAUAUUUUCUAAAAAUCAUAACAUCAAGGUCUGCAAAGGAACUCUUCUUGGGUUCAAUAAUGGGUAAAACUCCCAGACUGCCUUUCCAAUUUUAAAAUGGUUUUCUUAUAAACGAGAUUUUGCAAAACACCAUCUCUCAUGGAGAUGGACACCAAAACCAAAAUCGCCCUCCAACUUAAACAGCCUUGGAAGAAGAGGUAUAUGUUUUUGCUACCUGGUCUCGUAAUCAUGAAGGGGACUUUCCUGGGCACUUUCAGUAACUCUUCCCUUAGGAAAGCAUCUGCACUGCACAGCAGCCUCUGGGUUUAAUCCUUUUGGCCUGCCCCAUGUGAUCAAAGAAGGUCUCUUAUUUAUAUGCUAGCAGCCAGUUCUCUGUAUUUGUAAAAGUUUAGAUAUUCCAGAUCAUUUCCUUGUGAUAGAUGUGUAGUGUAUGGCAGAUGUUAGUGGUAUGUGUUCACUGUGUCUCGUUGUGUACUGCGUGUGCAAAUAAUAUGCCAAGUUAACCCAUCUUGCCACAAACAAGACCCGUCACCAAACAUGCUGGACUACACUCAGGAGUUACUGCUGUGUAACGCUGCACUGCAAGUCAAGAGCCAACCCACUAAUUCUGCUCCAAAAGAUUUUAAAUGCAGACUUCAUCUGUACAAUUUAGGAAGGAGGCUCGUUGUGAGAAAAAGCUAGAAGGAGCUGCAGCACUGAUUUCUCCAGAGGAUCGUCGCAUCUAUGAAUUUUACCUGUUACCUUCCUGGCUAUAGUGAUGUAAAUCUGGACCAGAAUCCGUGAAGUGGGACUGUGCUUACAGGAACAUCACUGGUGGUAUGUCAACACUUGCCCUUGGUUCUCUGUUAACUCCUCUUCCUUUUAGGUAGUUGUAGAAAGUGAUGCAGUCCCCCCUGAGCCUCCUUUUCUCCAGGCUAAACAAU